AUGUCCGACCCUCAUCCCGGCUACGACGACGUCACUGUGGGGGAGAUGGCGCGCCGUGCGAUCUUGGGGCAGUUACAUUUAUCGCAUCGGUAUGCCCACUUUGAGACUACCAUCACGUUCCAUGAGCUGCUCAAUGUGCCGUAUCUCGAUGGCGAAUUUGGCGUGUCAUGGCUCAUAAAGCAUUCGGUCCCUGGCCAGCGACGAGCGAAUGGAGCGCUUGAGUCUGUGCAGGAACAACAUAGCGAUGGCGAGGGAGAGAAGACAAGGACAAGGACCAACACUCUCUCAUCUGCAUCCACGGACCAAAUUCUGAGUGCGCCUGUCGAGCUGCAUGGCGAGAAUGACCACGCGCCCAGCAUCACGCUAGCCUCUCCGACAAUGCCCACACGAACGGCGGACUCUGAACCUGUACCUGGCUCCGAGAACCACAUAUCCAAUUGGGAUGUCUUGAUAGACAAAGUGAUGGCCGGUUCGAAAAAGACAGAGCAGCCAAACCCAGCACCGCCUGAGCCGGUGGUAGACCAUCUCUUGCACGUUGACGCGCCGGAUCCCAUGCCGACCGUCGAUCCACUGCACCUACAAUGUAUAGAAGGGGAAAACGGCACGGAGCCUGUGCACACGGCAGAGCCUAGCACACGGCAUCGCUCGCACACGGGCCCGUCUACGAAAUCGUCUACCUCCAUCCCAACGUCGCCUGAGUCGGGAACACGGCUGUUUUUUGGCGACGAAUUGGUCGUCAGCCCGAAUCAGUCCACGUUGUCCCUCGAUAAGCUGCGCAUCGAUACGAAUGUCCACGAGGAGACGCCCGCACCAGCACCGAGUGUGUCUGCGAAACGGCGGCCCCAUGCACGGGCCUUGCCAUCAUCGUCAGGUUCGUCCACUCCGACGUCUACCGCAUCGCUAGUGCCGCAUCGGCCGGUCCACGGCAAGUCGCCGAACGUCCCUGUGGAAAAUUAUGCUGUCAAGUGGGACGAAGCUGUGCAUUCGAUCGUACGGAUUCGUAUUGGGCGGCAGCCAUCCGAGUCCUUAGCGGACGCCGGUGGAAAAGAUACCGAGAGUGUGCGCAGUAUGCGCCAAGAUGCAGGAGCAGGACGUCUCCGCUCCUCGACCAUGCGACUACAGAUCACGCGGCAGUAUACCUUGCCCAACGGCACCACUGAGCAUGCGCGAUUCGGGACGUUGACAUUGGACUUGGCAGAGUAUGCGCCUAUUGUAUCCGCUUCCACGCCCAUGACACGCUCCGAGUCGCGGCAGUACAUGCUGGACCACUGCUCGUGCAAUGCCUUGCUGCGUAUGACCAUUGAAAUGAAGUUGAUCGACACGACACAUAUGUACCGCGUGCCACCGAUUCACAAAGGCAUUGUCGCCCCCGCGUCGCUUAGCCAGUCGGAGAAGAAUGCACACUCGUCGGCGCUCAUGCAACGGCGUAGCCAGGACGAGGAGGGGCAGGCGUCGUCCCCUACGCCGUUGCCCAUCAACAAAGACCACCAAUUGGGUAUGGGCUUGGAAUGGCAUUUCAAGCUGCCCCUUCCCCUGCUGUUUCACUCGACGGUCGUCCCAUCGGCUCACCUCAAGCCCAGGCAGUCGCACGAGCCUGGCGCGAUGCGCGGUGGUGGCUCGCUAGCGCAUGCUUUGUCCAACGAUGCAUCGCAGCCACGCCAUGCGUACUGCCGUAUGAACUCGGAAGCGUUGAUCGACGAGCUGUUCAAUGGAUUGCUUGGCCCCUCAGUGGACCAACGCAACGAAGGAGACGUGAAUCUCCCGAAGCCCAACAAGACUGCACGACUACGAUGGAAGCGACUGAUCCAUGCCGUCACACAGAACCCACGGCGUGCGUACUCGGGCAACGAUGUGCCGCCCACGCGCCCACGACGCCGGGCUGACUCGUUCCGGCGUGUGCCGCCGCUCCCUCCUUUGCAUGUGCGCUUCGGACGCACAGACGCCCAAGACGAAGCGCCGUUGACGUCGUAA